GGGGACGCACUUCUGGAGCGCCGCCGGAAGUAGUUUUUAGAUCUGAGCCGCUGAAUUUUCAGUGUUAGGAACUGGAUUUCGGAAGCUUUCGCUAUGGCUAAGACAGUUGCUUAUUUUUAUGAUCCGGACGUGGGGAAUUUUCACUAUGGCACCGGUCACCCUAUGAAGCCUCAUCGACUAGCUCUUACUCACAGCCUUGUUCUUCACUAUGGGCUUUAUAAGAAGAUGAUUGUUUUCAAGCCUUAUCAGGCUUCUCAACAUGAUAUGUGCCGCUUCCACUCCGAGGAUUAUAUCGACUUCCUGCAGCGAGUGAGCCCCAAUAACAUGCAGGGUUUUACCAAGAGCUUGAAUGCUUUUAAUGUUGGUGACGACUGUCCUGUUUUUCCCGGCCUUUUUGAGUUCUGCUCGCGUUAUACCGGCGCCUCUCUACAAGGAGCAACACAGCUAAACAAUAAGAUAUGUGAUAUUGCAAUUAAUUGGGCUGGAGGGCUACACCAUGCAAAAAAAUUUGAGGCGUCCGGAUUCUGCUACGUUAAUGAUAUUGUUAUAGGCAUCUUGGAGCUUCUAAAAUAUCACCCGCGUGUUCUCUAUAUAGAUAUAGAUAUACAUCAUGGAGAUGGGGUUCAAGAAGCCUUCUACCUCACAGACAGAGUAAUGACGGUAUCAUUUCACAAAUACGGAAACUAUUUUUUCCCUGGCACUGGUGACAUGUACGAGGUUGGAGCUGAAAGUGGACGAUAUUAUUGCCUCAAUGUUCCUUUGCGGGAUGGCAUAGAUGAUCAGAGUUAUAGACAUCUCUUUCAGCCAGUCAUUAAACAAGUGGUAGAUUUCUAUCAACCCACCUGCAUCGUUUUACAGUGUGGAGCUGACUCCCUUGGCUGUGAUCGUUUAGGUUGCUUCAAUUUGAGUAUUCGGGGUCAUGGGGAUUGUGUUCAAUAUGUGAAGAGCUUUAACAUACCUUUACUGGUGCUUGGAGGCGGUGGCUACACUGUGCGCAAUGUGGCAAGGUGCUGGACGUAUGAAACAUCGCUGCUGGUUGAUGAGACGAUCAGUGAAGAACUUCCAUAUAGUGAAUACUUUGAAUACUUUGCGCCGGAUUUCACCCUGCACCCUGAUGUCAGUACGCGAAUUGAAAAUCAAAACUCCAGGCAGUAUUUAGACCAAAUCAGGCAGACAAUUUUUGAAAACCUGAAGAUGUUGAAUCAUGCGCCGAGCGUACAGAUCCACGAUGUCCCAUCUGAUUUGUUGAGCUAUGACCGCACAGAUGAGCCAGAUCCUGAAGAAAGGGGUGCAGAGGACAACUAUAGCAGGCCGGAAGCCUCAAAUGAAUUUUAUGACGGUGACCAUGACAAUGACAAAGAAAGUGAUGUUGAAAUAUGAAUGGGAAAUC